CGGUCGGGUUUGUGUCGGGGUUUCUUCGUUCGACAGGAUCUCGCAUUGCUCUGUUGUCGUAGGAUGUAGUGCGGGAUUGUUCGCUGUAAACAAAAAGUGAGUCGCGAAUUGGUUUAUGAUUCGGUUACUGUCGGUAGGCAAACGUAUAGUGACAGAAACUCUCCUGACUCAACCAGCAUGUAAUGCGAGAGAGAGGGCUCAGUGAACUUUAAUAAAUCAUACAAAAACAUAAAACUGUUGAGGUGUUUCGUCGGUUUCGAUUGCCGCCGAAGAAAAAGAGAAAGAGAGAGCUGAAGUGUGAAUGCACAACAAGAGGUGCCAGGGUAUGCCGUAUAUUACCGGAUACGCCACCCACCACCCAGUGAAAACGCAACUGAAUACGAGAGAGAAGGGAAACUCAUAAACCGAGAGCGAUGCGAUAAAACAAGGUGCAAAGGAGGCAAAUUAUUUGAAAUUGAAACCCCAGUGGCGGCAACAUAAUCCUGUCUGUUCGCGUGGACCUUCGUUCAGUCUGAUCUGUGACUCCGUUCGUGUUGCGUGCUUCUGGUGGCAUGCUCCGCUGAUUGUAUAGGAUAGGUCAGACUUUGCGGGUGGCAAGCAGCAAAUAACUAAGUUGCGGUUGAUACCGGAAGUGGUCCGCUACUGUACUGUAACCAGUUCGGCAAGUGACGAUUGGUGAACCGUUAGAGCACGUGUUUGUGUGUGUGGGUUUGUGUAAACAACAAAUAUUUCUAGUGACCGCUUCGAACUGUCCAAAAAGUUGCCACCAUUUUUCCCUUCGACAUCUUCAACCUGUACUCCGCCGAUCUGGAGCAACGGAGCAGCUCGUUGGGCCUGGAGGCGAACUGCCUUAAAAGGCGAAAAUGUAACAACGACAUGGAGCGGGAACGGGAUCGAGAUCGUGACCGCGAACGGCCGGAGCGGGGUGGUGGUGGUGGAGCACCGACCGACCGAGACGUGAAGCACUCGCUAGAACCACGGGAUCUAUCCGCAACGAGGCUGUUUUCCGCAACGCAAAUCAAAAUUAGCACUUCACCCACCACGUCACCAACAAUUUCCAACUCGUCGUCGCCGACGCCGACACCGCCAAUACCGGCCGUCUCGCCAGCUGUGACGAGCGUAGGUAGCGGGUACCACCACUCCAAUCACAAACAGAUCACGGGUAUUCCGUGUGUGGCCGCCGCCUCCAAAUACACGGCCCCGGUGCACAUCGACGUUGGUGGAACGAUCUACACCAGUUCGCUGGAGACAUUGACAAAAUAUCCGGAUUCGAGGUUGGCCAAGCUGUUCAACGGAUGUAUACCGAUCGUUUUGGACUCCCUCAAGCAGCACUACUUCAUCGAUCGCGACGGUGGCAUGUUCCGGCACAUUCUCAACUUUAUGCGCAACUCAAAACUAUUAGUCGCCGACGAUUUUCCCGAUCUCGAGCUCCUGCUGGAGGAAGCCAAAUAUUUCGAUAUUGUUCCUAUGAUCAAACAGAUCGAUCAAAUAAAAAAGGAACGGACGCGCAGCGGGAACGGCUGGCCCCCAUUUGGGAGCAGUAGGCUACGAAGCAAGUCAUCGACCCCACCGGAUUCGAACCAUGACGUGGUCGCACUGCACAUCUCACCGGAUCUUGGCGAGCGUAUUCUGAUUUCGGCAGAACGUUCCAUCCUGGACGAAGUUUUCCCCGAAACGAACCAGGCCAUUUUGGAUGCUAGAACCGGUGCAGCCUGGAACCAGUUCGACGGGAGGCAGGUCAUCCGAUUCCCCUUGAACGGCUACUGCAAACUCAACUCCAUCCAAGUACUGACGCGGCUGUUGAACGCUGGAUUCAACGUAGAAGCCAGUACCGGUGGCGGGGUCGAGACACAGCAAUUCUCCGAGUAUCUACUUAUUCGUAAAAGUUCAAUGUGAUAAUCUAUGUAUAAUUGAGAGAUAGAGACGAUGUUCGACACACCGUUAAACAGGGCUAUAUGUUUGAGCAUGUU